GAGAAAAGACAAGAGCGUUUAGUGAAUAGAAAUUUGUUGGACCAGUGAAGACCCUCCUGACCGUCAUUACUGAAACCUGCACCAAUGAUUGUUGAGAGGGACAAUUCAAAAUUUAAUGGCGUGGUCGUCAAGGAUUUCUGAAGAUAAAAAUCUAGUCAAACUCUAAGAGACCUGGACUGUGGAGCAGAAGCCAGCAAAAAGAGAGGGCCUAGCUUCUGGACCCACGUGUUCCCACUCCACAUCCCUUCGACACCGACAGGGAAACUUGAUUUCCUACUUCUGCACACCAAGUUUCUACCUCCAGAUCUGCUGGGUUUGGUUACUGAGAAGUCUGACACACCAGUGGCGCCUGGAAAAAACCAUCACCGACCGGAUUGAGCAAGAUGGAUCAUCCAACAUCGAGUCCGAUGUAUGAAUACAUUGACAUCGAUUACAGUGCUUCAGAGCCCUGCCGAAAAACUGACUUGAAGCAAAUCGCAGCCCAGAUCCUGCCUCCGCUCUACUCGCUGGUGUUCAUAUUUGGUUUCGUGGGCAACAUGCUGGUCGUCCUCACCCUGAUCAACUGCAAAAAGCUGAAGAGCAUGACUGACAUCUACCUGCUCAAUUUGGCCAUCUCUGACCUGCUGUUUCUUCUCACCCUUCCCUUCUGGGCCCACCAUGCUGCAAAUGGGUGGGUCUUUGGGGAUUCAGGAUGUAAAAUAUUCACUGGGCUAUAUCACAUUGGCUAUUUUGGCGGGAUUUUCUUCAUUAUCCUCCUGACAGUUGAUAGGUACCUGGCAAUUGUCCAUGCCGUAUUUGCUUUAAAAGCCAGGACAGUCACUUUUGGGGUGGUGACAAGUGGGGCCACCUGGGUGGUGGUUGUGCUUGUCUCUCUCCCAGGAAUCAUCUUUACCAAAUCCCAAGAAGAAGAUUCUCAUUAUGUUUGUGGCCCUGCUUUUCCAAUAAUAUGGAAGAAUCUCCAUACAAUAAUGAGGAAUAUCUUGAGCCUGGUGCUGCCACUCCUUGUCAUGGUCAUCUGCUACUCGGGAAUCCUGAAAACCUUGCUUCGGUGUCGAAACGAGAAGAAGCACAAGGCCGUGAGGCUCAUCUUCGCCAUCAUGAUUGUCUACUUUCUUUUCUGGGCUCCCUACAACAUCGUCCUUGACCUGAUCACCUUCCAGGAGUUCUUUGGCCUGGAUAAUUGUGAUAGCUCUAACAGGCUGGACCAAGCCAUGCAGGUGACAGAGACUCUUGGGAUGACGCACUGCUGCAUCAACCCCAUCAUCUAUGCCUUUGUCGGGGAAAAGUUCAGAAGGUAUAUCUGGGUGUUCUUCCGAAAGCACAUCGCUAAACGUCUCUGCAAACAAUGUCCGGUGUUCUUUGGGGAGACAGCAGAUCGGGUGAGUUCAGGGUACACCCCAUCCACUGGAGAGCAGGAAGUCUCAGUUGGUUUAUAAAAUAAGGAGCCAUUUGUUCAUUACUUUUAAAAAAAGAGAAAAAUAAACUACCUUUGGGGAAAACAAUCCAUGUAUAAUAAUAAUCUUCAAGGGUUUGUUGAAGAAUAAAGACCUGUGAAGCAGGUGCCCAGAAACCUCUGGGUUGUGCGUCCCAAGACAGAGUUAUGACACAACUUGUAUAGACAGCGUAUGCUCAGGGAAUAUUCCAGAACAACUACAGGUAGAGACUUUGACUCUCCAGCAAGCUCACCUCAGUUCCUGGAUGAUGCUGCAUCUCCCAUGUUUAUGCUUUUUCCAGUCUACACCGUUUCAUCGUUCUGCCUCUGUUUUUAUCAAUCUCUUGUAAUCAAGGGCCCCCUUGGGGAAGAGGAGGAGAUGGCUACAGGGGGAAGGGGAAUGAGGGUGAGUGGGUCAGGGUGAGUGUGAGAAGGUGGGAGAGUGAGCAUGGUUGAGCCUGGGUGAGUGUGAAAUUGAAUAAGGGCUUCACUCACUCAACCAGGAAGCGGUGGUGACCCUCAGCCUCAUCUCCCACCUGUAGUUAAAUUUGCAGGCUUUGCCAGGUCAUGGAGAGCUUGGAAACUGUAACAACUUCCCUCGAAUUUUGGUUGGGUCCAGUGAUCUUCUUGUGUGUAAGUGCAUGAUACAAUUUUUAUCUAUGACAACCACGAGUCAGAAUCAACUCGAUAGCAACUGAUUGGUUUACUGGCUUUGUGCCAACCACACACCUUACAUCUGAAAUCCAUUAAAUGCCCUGUCCCAUUAUUUGCAUGUUUUUUAGGCCUUAUCUUCCUAUAGAAAAUUUUAUGUAAAAAUUUUGUUUAUAAAAUAUUGCAUAAUCUAUGAUCAGCUGAAAAACAAAACAAAAGCAGCUUGUUUGGUCCUUUGGGGGAAAGGACAAGGCUGGAGAUAGUGUGAGAAGGAGGUGAAGACAAACGAGUCUGUCCAUCCAGAGCAGAGGGGCCGCAGCAAGAAAACAGGGAUGUGUGGGAAUGUUUCCGGAGUCAGCUAAGAGGAAAGAGCGGGAAGGAUGGGUCAGAACCAUGGAAAAACCUGGUGACUUUGCACCUGAACUGUGUUUGUUUCAUUGUUGCUGUUGCCUGUCCUCCUGCCCCUCUUGCUUCCUAUUUAUUUGACCACAGCCUUUAUCAUAUAACUCUUGGCCAUAGGAUCGCCCUGCUCCAAAGUCCAGUUUGUGGAGGUCCAGGAGAGCAGAGGGGAGAGAAUAAAAAGGAAACUGGAGACAAAAAUCCCUUGGUAGGCCAGGGAGGCGGUAAUCAAUCAGUGGGGCCCUGGAGCUUCUCCUUGGAGCAGAGAAGGAGUCUGGAGCCUCACCUGGCAGAAGGCCCCUUCUUUGGGAAUGAUAUACUAAUCGCAUAUCAGGCCUCUGAAACUCAGAGUCUAAAUUACCAGGAGGAUGGGCUAGAUGGAGAAGAUUCUCGAUGAAUCUAGAUACAGGCUUAGAAUUCAGAUCAAACAAACAAACAAAAAUUAUCUUCUCUCUGGAAACAGUAAAAAUAAAAUCAAAGCUGAUAAUUGCAACUUGCAAAUGUGGUAAAAUCUCAUUUUGAAGGGUUCCUCCUAUGCCCAGCCUGAAAAUAUGGUAGCAGUCACGGAGAAAAAUCUGGUUGAAUUUACAGGCUAGAAAUAUGGCUAUUUGGGGAGACUGCUGGUUUAGCAUCAAUAGUUAUUGAUCUACAGGAAGUCGUAGGUCUGUGAUCUGUUGGCUUAUUAGCUCAUGUGGAUGUAGCUUCCUAAAUAAUGUCCUUUGGAUGCCAGUGGACGCUCUACAACCAUCACCUCAACCGUGUCUUUCUUCCUUUAGGCUUGUUGCCAAAAACCUUUUUUAUACCACUAUGAAGCAAUGAAUUUAAACAUAUGUGAGUACUUCAGUGUUUUGCAGUGGUCCUUCCUGAUGCUCAAAUUGUCCUGUGUUUGACCAGUGGGAGCUCCUCAAUCCAGCUGGCUCUUAAAUCAAAGCUUUUGAAAAGCUCACUGAAGUGAGGAGCCUGAAGACUCCGUUCUUAGUGGAGCCAGGUUAAGAAUGCUCAUACAUGUUAGCAGUGUGUUUCAGAGCUGAUACAAGCAAGAAACGUGGGCUUCUGGAGCCAGGUAACUUGGGAACUACAAGUUAUUAUGUUAUGGUUCUACUUUCUCGCCACUUAAUUAAAAAUGACUUCAGAACUGGGUGGGUGGGGAGGGGAAGUAACUUCAC